AUGGAAUCAUUAGAUGAGAAACAUAAUCAUCAUAGACCAAAAUUAUCAUCAUAUUUUAAAAGAAUUUGUAUAACCACUAUACCUUUGAUAAUAUUAAUAACACUAUUAUAUCUUAGUGGAAUAUUUACAAAUUAUUCACCAAAUAACAUUUCAUUACCAUUUUCAAAACAACAAAACAAUCAAAAUGUAGUGAAAUCAAGUGAAAUUAUUGAAUUAACUCAACUUCAAAAAGAUGAAUUAACAAAAUUAGGUCUUACUCAUAAAAAUCCAAUUAAAAUAAUAUCAAAUGAAAAAGGUGAACAAAUAAUUCAUGGAAGAUUUCUUCAUAUAACUGAUAUUCAUCCUGAUCCUUAUUUUAAAGAAGGUUCAUCAUUUGAAGAUGCAUGUCAUUCUUCAAAAGGAACAGCUCAUAAAUAUGGAGAUGCAAUAAGUGGUUGUGAUUCACCAAUGAUAUUAAUGAAUGAUACAAUAUCAUGGAUUGCACAAAAUUUAAGAGAUAAAAUUGAUUUUAUUAUAUGGACAGGAGAUAAUAUUCGUCAUGAUAAUGAUAGAAAUUAUCCAAGAACUGAACAAAAUAUAUUUGAAAUGAAUGAAAGAGUAAGUCAUAUAAUGUAUGAAACUUUUAAAAAGGAAAACACUCCUGAAUUAGAAAUUGAUUUAAUACCAAGUUUAGGUAAUAAUGAUGUUUAUCCUCAUAAUUUAUUUUCUAUAGGUCCAACUUUACAAACAAGAGAAUUAUUUCAAAUUUGGCAAAAAUUUAUUCCACAACUGCAAUUACAUAUUUUUAAUAGAGGUGCUUAUUUUUUUAAAGAAGUUAUACCUGGUCAUUUAGCUAUAUUAUCAAUAAAUACUUUAUAUUUAUAUCAAUCAAAUCCAUUAGUUGAUAAUUGUGAUAAAAAGAAACAACCAGGUUAUAAAUUAUUUGAAUGGUUAGGUUAUGUUUUAAAAGAAAUGAGAGCUCGUAAGAUGAAAGUUUGGUUAACUGGUCAUGUACCACCAAAUGAAAAAAAUUAUGAUCCAACUUGUUUAAGAAAAUAUAUUGUUUGGAUUUAUGAAUUUAGAGAUGUUAUAAUUGGUGGAUUAUAUGGUCAUAUGAAUUUAGAUCAUUUUAUUCCUUUAGAUAGUGUUGCCGCUUAUAAAUCAAUUAAAAAUUCAAAUAUGAUUAAUGUUUUUGAAAAUAGCUAUGAAGAUGAUGACACUGAUGCUAUAGGUGAUUCAUCAUUUUAUCAUGCAUUAGAUUCAAAAUUUGAUGAUUCAUUUUUUAGAAUUCAAGGUGGUGUACCUGAAUAUAAAGUUGAUUAUAUGGAAACUUUUAGAGAGGAAGUUUAUGCAAAAAUUAAAGGUAAAAAAAAAUCUGGUUCAUUUGGUGAAAGAUAUUCAAUAUCUCAUGUUGCAAGUUCAAUUGUACCAACUUUUAAUCCAGGUAUUAGAGUAUGGGAAUAUAAUAUUACAACUUUAGGUAAAGAAAUAACUAAAACAAAAUUUGAACCAUGGGAUAAAUUUUUUGAAUCUAUUGAAACAUUAAUUGAAAAACAAGAUCAAUAUACUGAUGAAGAAGAUUCCGAUAAUAGUGUUUGGUCAUUUUUAAAAAAAAGAGAUAAAACUUUUCCUAAACCAAUGCCAAAAACAGCAAAAUUAGGACCAGCUUAUAUUCCACAAACUUUCACACCAGAAAGAUAUGUUCAAUAUUAUGCAGAUUUAAAAUCAAUAAAUGAUGGUAAAAAACAAUUUGGUUAUGAAAUUGAAUAUGAAACUGAUGAUAAAAUUUAUAAUUUAGAUGUAUUAACUGUUGAUAGAUGGUUACAAUUUGCAAGAAAAUUAGGUAAACCAAUUAAAUCUAAAGUUGAGACCUUAAAAAAGAAAAACCAUAAAAAUAAAAAAGGUAAAAAAGGUAAAAAGGGUAAACAUCCAAAAGAUGGUGAUUCUAAAUUAGAUAAAAUUUGGAAUAUUUAUUUAAAAAAUACUUUUGUUAGUUCUGGUUAUGAAAAUUCUGGACUUGGAUGA